UCAUCUUUUUCAUCCAGCAUGGUCAAGUUCUCCAAGCAGCUCGAUGGCCAGCUUGUUCCCGAGUGGCGAUCGGCCUACUGCGAUUACUGGCAGCUCAAGAAGGAUCUCAAGCAGAUCAAGCUGGUGCUUCGCAAGAAGCAAAUUUUAUCUCCGGGUGGGGGUGGUGCUGCUGCUAGCGCUGAUGCUGCUGGCUCUUCUCCCUCGCCCGCCGAUUCUUCGCCCCUCAGGACUUUCAGCGGUCUCACCAGGCGGAAGAUCUUGACAUGGAGCCAGAGUGAAGUCAUUCGAGUGCAUCAGUUGCCCCCAGACGAGCUUUACGAGACAGAACUCUUGGGGCCGAUUUCACAGGUCGAAGAGGAGAAGAUGUUCUUUGCCCGCCUGGAUGGCCAGCUUAACAACGUGAACAAGUUUUACAGGAGAAAGGAGGAGGAGUACUGCAAAAGAGCCGAGGCUUUGAGCAGGCAAAUGUCACUGCUGAUUGAAACGAAGCAAACGCUGGAGUUAUUCUCAGGUGAUAACUCUGCGAAAAACAGUAGCAUUGAGAUGGGAAAUUCGCUUGAACGGCAGCCUAUAUUCGGUCCACAGGACGUGAAAUCUCCGGCAUCUCCUACCACUACGAUAGCGUCCCUCUCGCAAGCAUUGAUACACCAAUCCAAGAAAAACAUAUCUCAAGAGACGGACAUCCACGCGACCAAGAAAAAGGUUCACUCUGCAGAGAAAGUGCUGCGCUUGGCAUUCAUCGAGUUUUAUCGUGGCCUUGGAUUGCUGAAGAGUUUCAGCUCUUUGAACGUGGUGGCAUUCGCAAAGAUCUUGAAAAAAUAUGACAAGGUGACUGGCAGGAAAGCAAUGCCGACUUAUUUGCGGGCAGUGGAAAGCUCGUUCUUUAGCAGCUCUGACAAGGCCGCUAAUCUCAUGGAAAAAGUGGAGAAGCUUUUCACGGAGCAUUUCGCAAAGAACGACCGCAAGCACGCAAUGACGUGCUUGAGACCAAUGCAGCAAAAGGCGUCCCACACGGUCACAUUUUUUCUCGGAGUUUUUACGGGAGGUUUCGUCGCAUUGCUGGCUGCGUUUCUCAUCGUCUCGCACAUCAGUGGUAGCUAUAUCUCAGCCGCGGAAACCAUGUCGAAGUCUAGCUACAUGGAGUCCAUAUUUCCAACUUUCAGUAUGCUGGCACUGGUGCUGCUACACAUGUACAUGUAUGGCUGCAACGUUUAUGCUUGGAGACGAGAACGCAUCAAUUACCCAUUUAUAUUUGAGUUCCAGCCCGGCAAAGAACUCCGGCACAGGGAAAUAUUUCUCCUCAGCACAGGCCUCACGACAGUCGUUGUUGGAGGAAUGGUGGCUCAUCUGGUCGCGCACGUCAAAGCAAAAGCCUCAACAAGCGUCGACCUCAUUCCUGCUGCUAUCGUUUUGAUCUUUCUGGGAUUACUCUUUUUCCCCUUCGACCUUUUCUACCGUUCGAGCCGUGCUUUUUUCACGCGGUGCCUCCGCCAUAUUGUUUUCGCACCGUUUUACAAGGCAAGCUUUCUUCUAAAGCUUGGUCUUUUCUCUUCAUCUUUGCAUCCACAGGUGGUGCUAGCGGAUUUUUUCCUUGCUGACCAGCUUACUAGUCAGGUAACGCUCUUCAGGCACUUGGAGUUUGUGAUUUGCUACUACGGUUGGGGCCAUUUCAAGACCAAGAACACAGGAGCUUGCGUUGGCAGCUCCAAAGAUAUCAUGUACUUCGUCUCACUUAUACCAUACUGGUGGCGACUCUUACAGUGUCUUAGACGAUGGAUUGACGAGAGGAACAGAGCUCAUAUUGCAAACGGUGGGAAGUACUUGUCAGCUAUGGUGGCUGUUGGAAGCCGGCUUUCUUACAUUAAAAAGGGUACCACAACUUGGCUCGUCAUGUUUAUAAUCACCUCGACGAUAGCAACGUUGUAUCAGCUCUACUGGGACCUUGUUAUCGACUGGGGCCUUCUUCAGCCUUGCUCCAUCAAUGCCUGGCUCAGGGACCGGUUGAUUCUCAAGCACAAAAGCUUCUACUUCGUUUCAAUGGUGUUGAAUGCUCUACUUCGUUUUGCGUGGCUUCAAUCCAUUACGAACUUCCAGUUUACGGGCCUGGAUCGGCAUGUCACGGAGUUUAUCUUUGCUUCGCUAGAAGUUUUUAGGAGAGGGCAAUGGAAUUUCUACAGGAUUGAGAACGAGCAUCUCAACAAUGUUGGUAACUUUCGAGCAGUCAAAUGCGUGCCACUGCCGUUUAGAGAGACGCAAGACAUCGAGGUUUAACGCAAAAUGUAAAACAUGUGCUUAUUUUUUAAUUU